CUUGAUCACCAGUUUCAUGUCUUUCCUUCCUAGAAUCAUGGGCCGUUGCAUCCGCCCAGGCGCAUUCAAUACACCACGACCUUUUGGCAGUCUUCGAUGCUCUCCUCUGACUGCAGCUGCUAAACCCACGCCCAUCAACUUCUUCAAGUCUUCGCUGCAACCUCGUCAAGACCAGGAUAGUUACCGCUCUUACUCUUUUGACCAUCGACGGCGACGAUCUAGGGUUGUACAGGAGGUCCCUAAGGAUAAUGUAUGGACGGUCGUCCCGGAGACACCUGAGGAAGCCCGUAGCCGGAGAGGACCUACCAUCAAUUCAUAUAUCCUCUAUGGCAUCAUUGGAGCCAACUGCGCCGUCUUCCUCUAUGCACAGUACGCCAAACAGCAAGUUCGCUUGGGUUUUCCCGAAAACUUUCACAAUUUUUAUCAAAACUUCACCUUGAACUACGAAGAUGUAGUCAGACAAGGGAAAUAUUGGACCAUGGUCACGAGCGUCUUCUCUCAUACCGAGUUAAUGCAUUUACUUGGAAACAUGAUCUCGACCUUUUAUAUAGGCAAGCUAGUGGCCGACACCCGAGGCGUUACGCCUCUCAGCUUCGUGGUCCUCAUCAUGGGAUCCGGAAUCGCGGGCUCGCUAUUCUAUCUAGCGUUUCGGCGCCAGAAGAUUCAGGAGCAGACGAAGCGGACUGGUUUCCCCCCACUUGAUAUGCAGCGUGGUCUGGGCUUUUCGGGCGCGGUUAUGGGCGUGGGAUCUGCUGCCGCUUUCAUGUAUCCCAGGGUGACGUUGUCUCUCUAUGGGAUUAUCCCGGUGCCACUGUGGGCUUUGAUGGCGGGCUAUGCUAUCUUUGAUGGGUAUUACUUAAACAGCAGCACUUCCCGUGUUGCUCACUCUGGCCAUUUGGGAGGGUUGUUCUUCGGUGGGAUAUACUACUUUGCUAAACUGAGAGGACUCCCUGUUCGACCGUGGUGA